AUGUCAAUUACUCCUGAUGAUGCACAACAGAUUAGUGGUCUUAGAAUGAAUGGGAAAAAUGUGAAAUCUGAGGUUUAUGAAAUGACUUGGGAUGAGUUGUAUGUACUGGCUGAGGAAACUCUUGGUUGGCUAAAAUCCAAGACAGAAUUGGAGUUUUGUUGCGUUGCUAAAGAGGUGAAUUUUGCGGAUUCUAGUACAAAUAGGUUGAAGAAAAUCAACUUCACCGCUUUGAAAAAGUAUUUUGGAGACACAAAUGAGAAAAUUUCAAAGGGAGAGUUGGUUAUGGACGAUGUCGUAGCUAAGCGCACUGCUGCCGCGUAUUUGUUGUAUACUCUAGGAAGUGUAAUAUUUCCUUAUAAUAGUGGGAACAAAGUGAAUGCUCAAUAUCUUCAAUUGUUAAGGGAUAUGAAAUGCUGCCACAAGUACUCUUGGGGAACCGCGACCCUUUCUUUCCGAUUUGAGCAACUUGGAACCGCAUCUAAGUUAACCAGUACAAAUAUUGGAGGUUAUUUCACCAUGCUUCAGGACCAUUUCCCGGAAUUGAAAUUGGCAAAGGAAGAUGAAAAAUGGGUAGAUACAUUCCUCACCUCGGGCAAAUGGAUUUUCAAGGAAAAUAAGAAGAGGAAUAAAAAGGAAUUCUUGAUAGCUUUGAGAGAAAAGUUAGACUCUUUGACUGUUGACGACGUCGUAUUUCAGCCAUACAAGAAGAAUGAAGUUGUUGAAGAUGAAGAUAUGCCAUUAGGGAUGUGCUACAAGCCUUUUUUUUUAUCCCGAAGGCUUUAUAUUGUUUGA